CAGGGGGAAGAUGGCGGCGGCGGGGCGCGGGCUGCUGGCGGUGGGGCUGCUCCGCGGGCGGGUCGCCAUUGUCACCGGUGGCGGCACCGGCAUCGGCAAGGCCAUCGCCGCCGACCUGCUGGCGCUAGGUUGCAGUGUUGUUAUUGCCUCUCGUAAAUUUGACCGAUUAAAAGCUGCUGCAGAAGAGCUGAAUAACAGAUUUGCCUCCAUGAGUCCUGCCCAGGUGACCCCCAUAGCGUGCAAUAUCCGCAAAGAAGAGGAGGUAGAAGCUUUGGUGAAGUCUACACUAAGUCUGCAUGGGAAGAUUGACUUCCUGGUGAAUAAUGGAGGGGGCCAGUUUGCAAGUCCUUCUGAAGCCAUCCGUGCAAAAGGCUGGAAUGCCGUGAUAGACACAAAUCUGACAGGGACCUUCUAUUGUUGCAAAGCAGUGUACAAUGCCUGGAUGCAGGAACAUGGAGGAGCCAUUGUCAACAUUACUGCUGCUGUGAGAAAUGGCUUUCCUGGGAUGUCGCACACAGGAGCUGCAAGAGCUGCAGUGGAUAACCUAACCAAGACUUUAGCUUUAGAAUGGGCUCACAGUGGAGUAAGAAUCAACAGUGUUGCUCCUGGACUGGUAUUUUCGGAAACUGCUGUUGCAAACUAUGGAGAACAAGGUGUAAUGAUGUGGUUAAAGAGCAUACCAAAGGUUCCUGCCAAGAGGUCAGCUGUUCCUGAGGAGAUCUCUCCGGCAGUAUGUUUCCUGCUGUCUCCAGCUGCAUCAUUCAUAACUGGGAUAACCAUGGUCGUGGAUGGUGGCCAGAGUUUGUAUGGCCAUGGCCUAGAAAUACCUGAUCAUGACAGAUGGCCAUCCCCACCAGAAGGAAAAAAUUCUGAAAUGCUGAAAAAGCUUGUUUCUGGCAAGUUCAAACCAAGGCUGUAAAAGAAAGUGAUUUUACCCUUGCUGAUAAUCUCACUUUGUGAUUUGACCUUAUCAUUCUCAGUAAUAAUUUAUUUUGCUCAUAUGUAUCUACAUUAAGUGCCUUGAUUUUGUUGGUUUAUAUUUAAAACUUUUGAAAGGCUUUACAUUGUACAUCCCUCCUCUGAAAACAGUCACCCUGAAAACAUUCAGUCUUUUGGGAAGGGAAAAGAUAGAAAAAACAGAUUAUCCAUUUACACGAGCAUUAAGUAAUGAAGAAUCCCAGCCAGAAGUGAAUAAAAAGAAUACUUAUUUUGCACUGAAGAUAGCCAAGAGGGAAUGUUUAGGAAUCCUUCUGUCCUUGAUGAAUUUACAGAGAAGGUAAUUUACAUCUUUUACUAUUAGUUGCAUCAGUAGCCCUUGGGUCAGUGUUAGCUCUACACUAUUUCUGUUCAGCCACAUACUGAGUGUUCAACAAUGGUUUUACCAACUAGAGUAAGUAUUUAUCUGAAAAUAAAUAAAAAUAAGAUGGAAUACUGUUGUUGAUGUUUCAAACUAAUGUGGCAUAUCAUCGUUUGAAUGUUUUGAAUUGUUUGCAGAUAUAAUGACAUAAAGGAGUUAAGCUGGCUGCAACUUAAAUUUGAUAACAGAAUAAGCAGAUAAUAGAUACAGUGAUAAUAAAUACAUUAUAGAUUUAACAUGAAAAAUCCGUGGUGUGUAUUGCAAUGCUUUCUGCAGUAUGCUGCACUAGUAAAGGAGAAAUUUGGAAUUCUUCAUUGCCAACUAAAACACCUUUUAUCCAUACUUGUUAUCUUACAAUGUUAACAGAAUUUUUUUCCUUACUGUCUUUAGGUGUGGUUUUUGCAAAUUAUGCAGAGAUGCCAUUUAAAAAAUUGAAGUUUUGUAAUACAUCACUUGAAGAGGUUAUAUUUUAAAAUUUUUUUAUUCACUUUAAGGCAAAUGUUCCUAUGUCUGCUCACUUUAAUGAAAAUAUAAAAAUAUGUAAUGACUGUGUUUGUUUGCUGUAAGAACUGAAAUUCCUGGAAUCAAGUUGCUGCUGUAGAAGGGAACUUUUAAUACUUCAUUUUUGACUGAAUGUAAGAGUUUGAUGGUUGUUUGUUCUCUGCAAUGAUGUUUGAUUUUUGUGUCUUUCAGUAAUAUAUGUGUUCUUAUAUAGGUACAUGUAGGUUGCUUUUUCGUUAAAAUGAAAUGAAUGCCAGUUUUGGGCGGGGGAGGAGGAGUUUGGGCCAUCAUGUGUGUUCUUUCUGCUUUAUCCUCUUUCCUUAGUAACUGGACAGUCAUUUAUGUGACACUGAGAAAUUGGUACAGAGAUAAAGCCAAUUUUUUUCAAA